AUGGAUGGUAUUGGGGACUCUCAAGAUGCAGAUUCGUCUGAUGGGUCGCUUGUUCUCGGUACCGGGCUGCAGCAAGACCUGAUUGGGGACGCUGCGCUGGAUCUGGAUGCAGAUCUGGAUGCGGAUCUGGGUCUUGAUGAAGUUGAAGGGGACAGUAAUCUGGCACCACCACCGCGUAAUAAACAGUUUGGAGAAGUAGAACUUCGCCAAUUUGAUCUGGGGAAACAGUAUGAUGAAGAGAUUGACGGCCAAUUCGACCGGUUAAGGCAAGUGGAGGAGGAACUGCACUUUUCGCAGGAGCUGGAAUUGCACCCUACACCGACACUGUUGCGUGAUAAACUAUCCCAGCAACGAGACAAUCUUAAGCAGAGGGUGAAAGCACCGCUGGUCACAGAAUAUACGCUCGAUUUGAUAAGCAAAGAGACCGUAUCAGAUAAAUAUAAGGACUGGUUCCUGUUCACCGAGGGGCCCAUGGACGGUAACAAUGCUGCUAUCUCUGACACGUCUUUGACACAAUUGCUGAUACAAUUUGGCGCUACACCAAGUAGUCUACAAUCUGAUUUUAUCUUGAAAGAUGAAGAUCUCGAACACUUCGAUACAUUUUGCGAUAUUUACCCAGUGGAUUACAUGAUGGAACGGAUACGACCGUUGAUUCUUUCACACGAGGACGUUGGAGUCGCAACCCGGUUGUUCACUUUUUUCAUACUGGAUAGAAAUGUGUAUAGCUCGAAAGAGUGUACCCAGGAAUGGUGCACACAGGUGUUUGAAUCGUUACUGUCGAGGACGACCGUUGAAGAGUUUAUUGCACAAUACUUCGCCCAAUUGCAAUUACACGACAGGUUCUAUUUCUUGUUGGAAAGACUUACUAAACUUAUUCCACCAGUGAGGAUCCACAUAUUAAACCAACUGUUUCCAAAGACUACAGCGGUAAUCAAUACGUUUAACGAGCUAUUCGAUGCACAGAACUACAAAGACCUGCUCUAUUUUGUGCUGAUUAUCUUUGGAUCAGACAAUUGUAACUUUGGGGAAUCCACCGUAGCUCAAUACUUCAAGGAUUGUAUACUGGAUGCGUGUGAAGAUGGAGCCAACGGCGUAGAACUUACCAUUAUUGUAGGAAUAAUUAAUGUGUUUGUCAAGAUAUAG